AUGGCGGACACAGACCUUUUUAUGGAAUGUGAGGAGGAGGAGCUGGAGCCGUGGCAGAAAAUCAGUGAUGUGAUCGAAGAUUCUGUUGUUGAGGAUUAUAAUUCAGUUGAUAAAACUGCAACGGCUGGCAAUCCUCUCGUCCAGCAAAGCGGGCAGCCGCUCAUCCUUGCCCAGAACCCGGCCUCAGGUCUGGGCACGAUGGUCACUCAGCCGGUAUUACGACCUGUCCAGAUCAUGCAGAAUGCCAAUCACGUCACGAAUUCUCCGGUGGCCAGCCAGCCCAUCUUCAUAACAACCCAGGGAUUUCCCGUGAGGAAUGUGCGGCCUGUACAAAACACGAUGAACCAAGUUGGAAUUGUUCUGAAUGUACAGCAAGGUCAAACAGUUAGACCCAUCACCCUCGUCCCAGCCCCAGGUACCCAGUUUGUUAAACCGGCGGUUGGCGUUCCUCAGGUGUUCUCUCAAAUGGCCCAGGUGAGACCAGGUACAACCAUGCCGGUCCGACCCACCACCAACACUUUCACUACGGUCAUUCCGGCCACGCUUACCAUCAGGAGCACUGUACCACAGUCCCAGGCACAACCGCAAAGUAAGUCCACUCCCAGCACCUCCACAACACCUACUGCAACGCAGCCAACAGCACUUGGACAGUUAACUGUGCAGCAGCCAGGGCAGUCCAGUCAAGCUACUAACCCCAAAUUAGUGAGUAUUGCGAGCUUUGUGACUGUAAAGAGACCUGGAGUGACUGGUGAGAACAGCAAUGAGGUUGCUAAGCUAGUGAAUACCCUGAACACCAUUCCUUCGUUAGGACAGAGCCCUGGCCCGCUGGUGGUUUCCAACAGCAGCCCUGUGCAUGGUUCCCAGAGAUCUAGUGUUUCAGAGUCGUCGUCGUCGUCGUCAUCGCUAAAAGUCAGUUCAUCUCCUAUUCCCACCUUUGAUUUGCAAGAUGGUGGCAGGAAGGUCUGCCCGAGGUGUGAUGCGCAGUUUCGAGUCACUGAAGCUUUAAGAGGACACAUGUGUUACUGCUGCCCUGAAAUGGUUAAAUUCCUCAGGAAAAGAAAAUCUCCAGAAUCUGAACCAAAUAUUCAAUCUGCAAAGCCUCCAUCUCCAGAAAAAACGACAGCCGUUGCUUCACCGCCCUCUUCUACUCCUAUCCCUGCGCUGUCCCCACCUGCUAAAGCUCCGGAGCCAAGUGAAAACGUAGUUGACUCAUCCCAAAGUAAGCUCAUCAUGUUGGUGGAUGACUUCUACUACGGCAGAGACGGUGGCAAAGUGAGCCAGCUGCUGAACUUCCCCAAGGUUCCCACUUCCUUCAGGUGUCCACACUGCACCAAGAGGCUAAAGAACAACAUACGAUUUAUGAAUCACAUGAAGCACCACGUCGAACUGGAUCAGCAGAACGGAGAGGUGGAUGUCCACACCAUCUGUCAGCACUGUUACCGGCAGUUCUCCACUCCCUUCCAGCUGCAGUGUCACCUGGAGAACGUCCACAGUCCCUACGAGUCAACAACAAAGUGCAAGAUUUGCGAGUGGGCGUUCGAGAGCGAGCCCAUGUUCCUGCAGCACAUGAAGGACACUCACAAGCCGGGGGAGAUGCCCUACGUUUGUCAGGUCUGUCAGUACCGCUCGUCGCUCUAUUCCGAAGUGGACAGCCAUUUCCGCAUGAUCCACGAGGACACGCGGCACCUGCUCUGCCCUUACUGCCUGAAGGUCUUCAAGAACGGCAACGCUUUCCAGCAGCACUUCAUGAGGCACCAGAAGAAGAGUGUUUAUCACUGCAACAAGUGUAGACUCCAGUUCCUCUUUGCCAAGGAUAAGAUUGAACACAAGCUGCAGCACCACAAAACCUUCCGAAAGCCCAGACAACUGGAAGGAUUGAAACCCGGCACCAAGGUGACCAUCAGGGCGUCUCGCGGGCAGCCACGGGCAGUGCCGAUAUCUUCCAACGACAUGCCGCAGGGCACCGGGCAGGAAACCACCCCGCUGUCGUCUUCUACUGAUCCCCAGCCCAUCUUCCUGUACCCGCCCGUCCAGAGGAACGUCCAGAAGAGAGCAGUCAAAAAAAUGAGUGUCUUGGGGAGGCAGACCUGUCUGGAGUGCAGCUUCGAAAUCCCCGACUUCCCAAACCACUUCCCCACCUACGUGCACUGCUCGCUGUGUCGCUACAGCACUUGCUGCUCCAGAGCUUACGCCAACCACAUGAUCAACAACCACGUUCCUCGGAAGAGUCCGAAAUACUUGGCUUUGUUUAAAAACUACACUGCCUGUGGUGUAAAGCUGUCCUGUUCCUCUUGCCUCUUUGUAACAUCUGAGGGUGAUGCAAUGGCCGAACAUCUGGUCUUCAAUCCGUCACACGAGUUUAGUAACAUUAUUUUCCGAG